AUGUUAACCUUCACUUCAAAAGCGAAUUUCGAGUACGCCAUCCGCGCAUGGAAAUGGGUAAACGAGGGUGAGACCCAUAAAUUCAUCAUGAUCGCGGAUGAUCCAAGCUGUGGUCGUCUUGGUGAGCGAGUCCCCUACUUGAUUCACGAUGCGGACUACGAUGAGAAUAAUUUCAUUGCCUAUCUUUAUGGCGAAGAGAAAAAAUGGGAAGAAGUAGCUCAUACUUUUGACCUCGAGUAUGGCAGCGCCGAAUUGCCCGACUCCUCUCAAUCGCUUCACAAACGCCUGGGGAUUUUCGAAGAAGAUCCAAUCAGAUCUAUGAGACUAGACUGCUUUGACUGUGGCACAUCUGGUCGCUUUCGAGGCCAGAUGAAAAUCAAAGUCAAGUGGCUGAAGCCACAGGAGGUUCCCCUGACUAUUUCGCCGGACAAGGUUCGAGGAGAUCUAGGACUUAAACUCACCACCAAGAGACAAAAUCCCCGGUAG